GAGAGAGAGGGAGAGAGGAGAGAGGACAGAGUGGAAAUAGAAAAAUCUAUCUGUCGAGAGAGAGAGAGCUCCAAGUAGUUCUUAUUAGCUCAGAACCCAAAAAGCCCAGCACAGCGGCAGAGACAGACAGCAGCAGUGGUGAAGCAAUUGAUGGUUCUUCUGCUGCUCUGUUCUUGCUGCAAAAUUUAAAUACCCUAGAAAGCACACAAGUUCUAGUAUUAGAAGUUUGACUAGGAAGGAAAAAUCUUAAUAUGCUUCAAGUAGUUGAGCUGCUGGGAGAGACAGAGAAGCUAGAGGAAGACCAGUAUUAUCUUUCAUGGGAAUAAGAGAGGAGAAAAGAAAGACACUCAUCAUCUCUCCACUCAUCACAAGUUGGUAGGUAAAAGGUUUUGGUGUGUGGUUGAGAAAGAAAAUUUUACUUGUUCUCACAGAGAACACACACACUCUCUCUCUGUGUCCCUCUCAAAGGCAAAUCCUAAUUUUGAAGGGUUGGUGGCGGUGAAGUUUUGCACCAACCCACAGCCAUGGAUUCCUAUGAAGCUACAAGGAUUGUGUUCUCAAGGAUCACAAACUUGGACCCAGAAAAUGCUUCCAAAAUCAUGGGUCUUCUUCUAAUCCAAGACCAUGGAGAGAAGGAGAUGAUACGAUUAGCUUUCGGCCCCGAGGCGUUUCUCCACUCUGUGAUUCUCAAGGCUCGGAAGGACUUGGGACUAAUGCCCAUAUCCAACUCUCCAUCCACACCCACCACGCCUUCCUCUCCUUCGCCUUUCCUCUCCACCAACCCAAUCGCUAUUUCGAGGCAAAACUCUGCUUCCUCAAGGCUAUCUCUCACUAUACCAAACCCAUCUUCUUCUGCUUCUACUUGGGCUGCUCUGUCUUCCGAGCUUCGAAACCAAGACGAGAGUAUGAUGAUGAGUCCCAACAACAUGGCUCCUAACGUGUCUUCUUCAUCUUCCAUGAUGAAUUCAUCUCUACCCUUUUUCGGAAACGGUGGACCCGACCAUGUGCUCGAGGAGUUUCAGCUUCAGGACCAGCUCUCUUUUCUCAACGAUGGAGCUCCUAAAUCCCCUGAUUUGUUUUACCCCCAGUCAGACUUGUCUUCCAGCCCAACUAAUGGUUCUGAUCAGACCCUUUACUCCUCCUACGGUGGCUCCGGGAACUGGGGCGGUGGUGGGGCUCUUCACCGCCGGAGCUGCUCCGUCAGUGAUGUGUGCUUGGAAGACCCGAAUUCUGGGUUCGGGUGGAAGCCCUGUUUGUACUAUGCUAGAGGGUACUGCAAGAAUGGAACUAGCUGUAGAUUCUUGCAUGGUGGUGGAAUCGGGGACUUGGGUUCGGAUGGUGUUCCACUUGUUGGUUCACCAAGCAAGCUUGAGAUGAUGGACCAGUCGUGCCAUGAAGCACUUCUCAGAUCCAAGUCUGCUCAACAGCAAAGACUGGCUGCAGCUUCCCAGCUCAUGGCCUCAGCCAACUCUUUUCCUUACUCCUCUAAGUGCGUGAACUUCCUUAUUCAGCAGCAACAAACUGAUGCGCAGAGUAGGGCUGCCGCAGCCUUGAUGAUGGGUGAUGAUAUCCACAAAUUUAGUCGAUCUCCUCGGAUGGAAAGGAACGAGUUUCCAAUGAUGAACGGUGGGGCUGGGAUGGUGAACCCAGCCUCAAGGCAGAUAUACUUGACUUUUCCAGCUGAUAGCACUUUCAGAGAAGAAGACGUGUCCAAUUACUUCAGCAUUUAUGGACCUGUUCAAGAUGUGAGAAUUCCAUACCAGCAGAAGAGGAUGUUUGGGUUUGUUACAUUUGUGUACCCGGAGACUGUGAAGCAUAUUUUGGCGAAAGGGAACCCUCAUUUUGUGUGUGAUGCUCGAGUGCUGGUCAAGCCUUACAAGGAGAAGGGCAAAGUUCAGGACAAGUACAGGAAGCAACAAGUGGAAAGAGGAGAUUUGUCACCCUGUGGCACACCUACUGGCCUUGAUGGUAGAGACCCUUAUGAUCUCCAGCUAGGAGCUAGGAUGUUUUACAACUCCCAAGACAUUUUGUGGAGGAGGAAGCUGGAGGAGCAAGCUGAGCUUCAGCAAGCACUUGAACUUCAAAGCCGAAGGCUAAUGGGUCUGCAGCUUCUUGAUGUCAAGAAGCAUCACCACCGAGCUCUUUCUGCCAGCAGUCCGGUUAAUUCUCCUACUCAGUCCCCCAGUAUGUUCAAUCAGAACUUUGUGCAUCCUUCAUUUCAUAACCCAGAAGUUACUAAAGAGAACUGCGCUAGUCCAGUGCCACCCAUUUCUUCAGCUCUCUCAGCAGACCAGCAGCCUCAGGUGGCAGCAACCGUUGCUACAGGUAAAGAAUCAGGUGCCAACAGUGACGACAGUGGGAGUGGCAAGGAAAGCCCCCAUGAUGAGGAUGUCAGUGGUUUGCUAGGAAGCUUGGAGCACAACCUCCCCGACAGCCCUUUUGCUUCUCCAACAAAAGGAGCCCGGGAUUACUUGUCUGCAUUCCCGGUCGCGGCUAGUGAGGCCAAUGAUUCAUCUGAUGCCUCAGCUGCAACAGCUAACAUUAACUUGGCUACUUCCCUACUGCCAGUGCCAGCCACUUCCUCACUGGACAUGGCAUCUUUCAAGUCCUUUAACUGCCAAAUUCCAAGGUUGUCUUCCGGCCAUGGAGCCAUAGGGAUGUAUGCCGCCGGCGCAGGGGGGCCGAAAUGCCCGGUUGGAACUUCCUAAGCCUUAAAUUAGGGGGAGGAUCAACGCAAGUUUCUAAGAAUAACCAAACAAAACACCACCAAAAUCUGUAGAAAAAGAAUCCAAAUCUCCACCAGCACCAUCUCAUCAGAAAAUACCAUACUACUUACUACCAUACAAAAUGCAUACGUAAAAGGCACUAAAGGAAGGGAAGCGAAAGGAAGUGUGGGUCAGCCUCGGGUUUUCCUUUUUUCUUUGUUCUUCUUUUUGUACUACUACCAAGUCUUUCGUCACAUCCCAUUUUCUCUAGUUUAAGUCGGAACCACAGGUUUAAAAAGAAAGAGAGACAAAGGAAUCACCAACACGGUCAUAAAUUUAGUUUGUAACUUUUGGGUACCGUAAAAGUGAAUUGGUGUCUCGCCCAGUUCUCAACAAAUGGUGCCCAAAAUCUAGUCUAAUAGUGUGUCUCUGUGUUACUUAGUGUUUUUCUAGUGUAAUCAAGUCUGUACAGCAGAAGAAGAAGCAGAACCCAGAAGAAGCUAUAGAGCAGCCAAGCUGAGGAAAGAAGAAAGUGUGAUUUUUGUAACAAUUACACUGAAGCCUUGGAGUGAGAUCAGCUCGGCUGUAGCACAGUUGCGAUAUCGGGAAAUUUUUUUUGACCUUUAUCAAUCCAUGUGGUUGCUGCACCUUGUACUAUUUGUUCUUGUACCAAACAGUAAGAAAAGAAAGAAAUGUAGGAAGGAAAAAAUCAGAAAGUAAAAAAGCGCGAGUUUUCUACUGUUA